AUGGUCUCUAUCAUCCUCCAAGUGAUCUGCAGCUUUCUGGUCUGGCUAUCACUCUACAGUGGCUUCUGGUGUUGGAACAAGCAUCGCACCCUGGAAUGGAGCUGCCGGAUGAUCACCCUGAUGCAUGGGCUGAUUGUCACCUUCCUUUCUGGCUACAUUGCUCUGAUUGAUGGGCCCUGGCCUUUGACCCAUGCAGGCCACCCCAACACAGCUCAUCAGGUCCGUCUGAUGUGCUUGACGCUGGGAUACUUCCUCUUUGACUUGAGCUGGUGCAUCUAUUUCAAGAGCGAGGGCAGCUUGAUGCUGUCUCACCACAUGCUGAGCAUCUGUGGCACAGCUUUUGUGCUGAUGCUUGGCAAGUCUGCCACCGAAGUCAAUGCUGUCCUCUUUGUGAGCGAGAGCACCAACCCUCUGCUGCAAGUACGCUGGUUCCUACGGGACAUGGGGCACUACCACAACUUCCUCGGGGACCUGGUGGAUUCCCUCUUUGUGACUCUCUUCUUGGGGCUGCGGAUCAUCGGGGGGGCAUGGAUCAUACAUUCGGUGAUGACUUCGCCCAAGACAAUCUGGAUGAUCAAAGUUUCGCCAGGAGGAAAGCAAUGA